UAUCACUGUCCGUGGAUCUCCAUAUCCGAGGAUGGGGAUCCUUAUGCAUUGUCCUCUACUGCUCCUGCUGCUGGUGGCCGUCCUGACCCCGACCCAGACCGACACAAGAUCACACUCUCUGCGGUAUUUCACCACUGCCGUGUCCCAGCCCGGCCUUGGGGAGCCCCGGUUCACAGCUGUGGGUUAUGUGGACGACACGCAGUUCAUGCGCUUCGACAGCGAUGAGGAGAAUCCCAGAGCUGAACCGUGCGAGCCAUGGGUGGAACAGAUGGAGCCCGAGUAUUGGGAGCAGGAGACACGGAUAUUCAAGGAGCACACCCAGAAUUUCCGAACUUGCCUUCAGAACCUGCUCCACCUGUACAACCAGAGUCAGGACGGUUCCCACACUAUCCAGGAUAUGCACGGGUGCUACGUGGGAUCAGAUGGUCAGUUCCUACACGGGCACUAUCAACAUGCCUAUGAUGGCCACGAUUAUAUUACCCUGAACGAGGACCUGAGCUCUUGGACCGCAGCAGAUGCAGUGGCUCAGAUAACUCAACACAAGUGGGAGGAGGCUGGCGUGGCAGAGGAAUACAAGGCCUACCUGGAGGGCACAUGCGUGGAAACACUCCACAAAUUACUGGAUAACUGGGAGGAAACUCAGCAACACUCAGACCCUCCUAAGGCACAUGUGACCCGUCACCCCAGGCCUGAAGGUGAUGUCACCCUGAGGUGCUGGGCCCUGGGCUUCUACCCUGCUGACAUCACCCUGACCUGGCAGAAAGAUGGGGAUGAACAGAUCCAAGACUUGGAGAUUGUGGAGACCAGGCCUGCAGGGGAUGGAACCUACCAGAAGUGGGCUGCUGUGGUGGUGCCUUCUGGGAAGGAGCAGAAUUACACAUGCCAUGUGCACCAUGAGGGGCUGUCUGAGCCCCUCACCCUGAGAUGGGAACCCCCUCCAUCCACCACCUCCAACAUGGUGAUCAUUGCUGUUCUGGUUGUCCUUGGAGCUGUGGCCAUCAUUGGAGCUGUGGUGGCUUUUGUGAUGAAGAGGAGGAGAAACACAGGUGGAAAAGGAGGGGACUAUGCUCCAGCUGGAGGCAGCAACAGUGUCCAGAGCUCUGACUUGUCUCUGGAGGCUUGAAAAGCCAACCUUCCCUGUCCAGGAGGCAUUAGGAGUCAUCUGCAUCAUGACAGCUCCCUGCUGACCUGAGCUGCAGCUCCUCACUUCACAGUAAACAGAAGAAUCUGAAUGUGAGCUUGAUUGCUCAAAUCUUUGACCUGAGGGGUUGAUUAGUGGGUAAAUUAAGGCAUUGAGAAUGCUCAGAGUGCUGUGGAGGAGAAUAAACGGCAGCAUGGAGAACCUUCC